AUGAGUAAAGUACAGGAUACAUCUGAACUGGAGAAGCGAGUCAGUGUAAAAAAAAACCUAGAAUGUUAUGUAAAGAACAAGAGAAAUUUGUGGAAUAACCAGGAGCUGAAAUUUGCAAGGUUGUUAAGUUUCCCCCAGAAACUAGCGAGUUAGUAUAUUUUUACAUAAUUAUUGAUUUAUUAAUAUUAACUCAACUAAUAUGUAUGCAUGCGUACCUAUGUAUUUACAAUUAAAAUAUUUUAAUACAGUGGCGGCUCGUGGAAUAGUUCACAGGCACCUAAAAUUUUGAAAACUAUACAUUAUUAUGUAACUACAAUAUAAAAUAUAAUUUUAAUUAUUAUAAAAUAAAAUGUUUAGAUUAUAAACUAGAAAUUUAUUCAUAUUUAUUUUAGAGACAAGAAUAAAAAUUAUUUUAUAGAAUUUAAAAAUAUUUUAUGUGAAAAGUCAAGAAAAAUUAAUGUUAUAACAGAUAUGCCCGUUAUACACAGUAUGCAGCGAUCACACGGAAUAUGGAUGGGCAAAUACAUUUUUUACACCAGUUGCAUAUGCGCAUUUGACCAUUUCAUUCCCACUACUAGCACAACUACUAUUAGACUUAGUGGUGUGUUGAUGUGUGGUGGCUGUGUAGCUGUCUGCCACUGUUGACUGAGAAUAUCAUGCAUUAAGAACUGAUUAUUUCUUUUGAAUAAUAAAUUCAUAAAUAAUAUUAUUUAAUAUGACAAAAACAAACAUAAUUACUUAAUAUAUUGUAAAUUUCUAUCUAUGAAACUCAUAUAUAAAACAAAUAUAUUCAUAUUUCAAUAAAAUAUUUGUUUUAAUUCUUGUUUUCUGAAUUGACUGUACUUAUUCAACUUAUUUUAUACAAUUUUUUAAAUGUGCACCAUCAAUUAUUUUACACACUACCCGCUACUGGUUCAAAUGUUAUACAUAGUUAAUAAUCUUUAUAAUUGUAUGUUUUAGAUAUUUACAUAUUGGCCAUGCCAAGGCAGCCCUUUUAAACCAACAUUAUCAAAUGGCUUUUAAUGGUAGACUAGUAAUGCGUUUUGAUGAUACCAAUCUUGCAAAAGAAAAAGAAGAUUUUGAAAAGGUAAAAUUAUUUAUUUCAUGUUUACAUUUGAAUGCUUCAUUAUGUAAGAAAUAUUAAUUUUCUAUUGUAAAAGUAUUAUGAAAAUAAUAUUUUAGACCAUAACACCAAUAUGUUAAUUAAUACAUGUUUUGUUUUAAAUUUGUAUUUAUUGUUCUAGGUCAUACUAGAAGAUGUUGAUAUGUUAAAAAUUAAACCAGACAAUUUUACAUAUUCUUCAGAUUAUUUUGAUGCCAUGUUGUAG